CAAGGAUUAUGACAUAAUUGCACCUGCAAUUGUGACAACAAUUUAAAACCUUGCUUCUGUGCUUGGUAUACUUUGAUCAAGUUAUGUUGCUUGUGAAGUCUGUCUGGGGCUUUUCAUGGAAGAGAGGGCUGGAAUACUACACUAGUGGAAAUAGAAAAGAUUUGGAAGUUAAGAUGGUUUUGAAGGGAAGGUCAAAAUGACUGAGGAGAAUUGAUUUUAGCAAAUUAAUUGCAGAAAAUGUUGUUUUAUGUUUGAGGCAUUAGAUUUAUUGUUUUGAUGUGCUAUGAUACUAGUGAGCUUAGAGUACAAAAUUGAUCGAGGGGUCCAGAAGAAUUACUAGGAUGAAAUACCCAUCCCAUCAAUUUUAAGUCCCCAAUGAUUCUACUCUAAUCAACGAUUACUAGGUCGAAAUCACCGAUCCAUUGAUUUUAUGAACUCCCUCCGGGAUUCUACUCUGACCCACCAGAUUGCAAUCCUAGGUCUACAUGAGCUGAAGACUCCUCAGGAUAUCCAGACUUGCUACUCUGGAGGCAGAAAUUGUCUUCUUCUAUAAUUGCCUCUAAAGAUAUUGCAGGGGACAUAUUUUCUGUCGGUUGUCUCUUGGCAGAACUUCAUCUUUGCAGGCCACUCUUUGAUUCAAUCUCAUUGGCAGUAUACUUGGAAGAUGGAACCUUACCAGGAUUUCUGCAGGAACUACCUCCUCAUGUUAGAAUACUUGUCGAAGCAUGCAUCCAAAAGGAUUGGAUGAGGCGGCCAUCGGCCAAAAUUCUUCUGGAAUCACCUUAUUUUCCGAAAACAAUCAAGUCAUCCUACUUGUUUCUUGCUCCACUUCAGCUUGUAGCUAAAGAUGAAUCUCGUCUUCGGUUUGCUGCAAAUCUUGCAAAGCAGGGAGCUCUCAGGCAUAUGGGUUCAUUUGCUACAGAAAAGUGUGCUACUUAUUGCUUACCACUAAUAGUGAAUGCUGUGAGUGAUACUGAAGCUGAAUGUGCAUACAUACUGCUGGAGGAGUUGAUGAAAUGCUUAACAGCACAAGCAGUGAAAACAUUAAUAUUGCCAACCAUACAGAAACUUUUACAGAACACAGGUUAUUUACAUUUAAAGGUUUCCCUUUUACAAGAUUCAUUUGUACGUGAAAUAUGGAACCGCGUCGGUAAACAAGCAUACCUGGAAACUAUUCACCCAUUGGUCUUAUCAAACUUGUAUAUUUCUCCGGAUAAGAGUUCAGCUGCCUCUGCUUCGGUGCUCCUAUUCGGUUCUAGUGAGGAGAUUGGUGUACCAAUUACCAUCCAUCAGACUAUCUUGCCUCUUGUUCACUGCUUUGGGAAAGGAUUAUGUGUAGACGGCAUUGAUGUGCUGGUCAGAAUUGGGGGUAUUAUUGAGGAAUCCUUUAUUGUUAAACAGAUGUUACCAUUACUGAAAAAUGUUAUCCGAUCCUUCAUUGAUGUGUCAUGCAUGAAUAAGCCUGAUCCUGUCCAGAGUUGGAGUGCUUUAGCACUUAUUGAUUGUAUGAUGACUUUAGAUGGCCUUGUAGCUUUCUUAACAGAAGAAAUCAUUGUAAAGGAGCUGCUUGAAGACAUAAGUUACAUACACGUUGGGGUUCUUAUGCAGAAACAUAUGGAAAUUGCAGUGCUUCAGGUUGCUGCUACUACCCUUUUUGGAAUUAGUCAGCGGAUGGGAGCAGAUUUGACGGCAUUGCAUAUUCUUCCAAAACUUAAAGAACUAUUUGAUGAGCUUGCUUUCUCCCAGGAAAUUUCUAAAGGUUCGACUGCUGUUGGCAGAAACUUGAAGGUCACGAAAUUAAAAAUUGGAGGAGACUUCCAAAUUGAGACUCGUAUGGAUCUAGUGUGAGUGUCAAAACUUAACUUCAGAGCAGGUUUUAUGGUGGGAGAAACCACUCUCCUUGGCUAUUUAAUGCAAAACUAGAAUAACACUAGGUAAAGGAGAGGAGAAAAUGGUAUGUAAGAAAAGGAUGAGAAGGAAAUCACACAAGGGUAAACAGAAAUUAGAUUUUUUUGUGUCACACUAGUGGUUGUUAUCAAAUUUUAUAAGUUAAUUGCAAUAAACCCCUUUUUAUAGUGAAAGGCAUGUAAUCCCAUAUAUAGUAUGAAGAUUCCCACCACCCACACAAUACUAGAGCAGAUAGACAAAAGACGAUAUAUGUGGUUAGGCGAUCCUAAUUGUUAGACGAUAUAUUAUGAAUCAUUCGUGCAACACAAUCGUCGUAUCCUCUCCUUUGUGUUAAACUCAAGUCUUCAUUCUUGAACUACAGGAAUUCAUGUUAUAUUCUUUUUCAUUGUUAUAGGAAUAAAUUCAUAAUUCGUUUAAAUGUUAUGAUUCAUAUUAAA